AUGACGAAACGGCUGAGCGAUAGUGAGAAGGCCGGAAAUUCCUCUACUAGCGAAGGAGCAAUACCCUCGAUCCCAGAAGCGUUCCAGACGCUGGCGGACUCUGAAGAUGAACCUCAAAGCCCUUAUCAAUUAAGCUGGAAGACACUCAUGGCAUUUGUGGCCUUGGCCAUGGCCAAUGUUUGUGCAGCACUAUCCAACACAACAAACACUACGAUCAAGUUCCAAGUUGCCUCUCUAGCCCGCUCUGCCGCAGACGCAAGCCUUGCUAGCUGGAUUGCCAAUGGUAACUUCCUUUGUUCGCUUGCCUUAGGCCCAAUAUUUGGGUCCCUAAGCGAUCGACUCGGCAAGAAAUGGUUCGUAGCAGGAGGAUGCUUGGUUGGAGUCAUCGGCUCCUGCGUAUCUGGCUCCUCCAAAACGCUCAACGGGAUUGUUGGUGGCAAUGUCUUAACAGGAGUUGCCAACGCUGGCUGCAUUGUCUCAAUCAGCUGCAUUCAGGAAAUUAUACCUAACAAGCUUCGGCCAUGGGCUUUGGGGGUCUCUCAGACCAUGGCUAGCGCAUUUGUCGUUCUCGGCACUUUUGCUGCAGCAGCUAUGGUUCGCGAUAACACGGGCGGGAACGGUGGCUGGCGUUGGGCAUAUUACUUCAACGGCAUCAUAUAUGGCUUAACUGGCCUCUCCGUUGCCCUCACAUAUUUCCCGCCUGAACCUCGCCUGGGCCGAAACAAAACGCUCCUCGCGAAGAUACUGACAGAUAUUGACUACAUCGGUAUCUUGAUUAUGACCGGGGCAUUCGCAUCCCUUAUCAUUGGUCUUACAUGGGGUGGUAGCACGUAUCCCUGGAGCGAUGGAAGGGUCAUUGCGACAUUGGUUAUUGGGUGUGUCUUGUUGAUCGCGUUUGGCCUCUUCGAGAGGCUUGUGGUCAAGGAGGGAAUUCUCGACCACCGCCUCUUCCAGAGCCGGAACUUCGCCAUCCUGUUGCUUGUGUGCACCAUUGAUGGUAUACUGCUUCUAGGUGUUAAUGUUCUGUACUCACAGGAGAUUUUCGAUCUGUUCACUCAAGAUGCCGUCGCGGUGGCUGUAAUCCUGUCCCCAUACCUCGUCCCUUCGACUUUUGGUUGCGUUCCAGCCGGCUGGAUUAUGGCCCGUACCAAGUCCUACCGCAUGUUGCUUGUCCUUGCACUGUUCUGGUGCAGUCUAUUUGCUGGUUUGAUGGGCCUGAUUGGUCCAUCAAGGUUGAACUGGGCAUAUGGGUUUUCAACCAUGUUGGGGCUUGGGACUGCCGUGACAACAACAAUUCCAAUUACCGCUUUAGGCCUUUCCGUGCCAUCAUAUCUGCUAGGUACCGCCGCUACAAUCAGCGUGUCAUGUCGCGCCUUGGGCGGAGUCAUCGGGAUUACGAUUUUCACAGCCGUCUAUAAUAAUAAGUAUGCCUCUUACGUUGGCCCAGAAGCUGCCAGCGCUCCAGUCGGACCGAGCCACGUUAUACAAAGCGCUGAAGCUUGGAAAUACGCUUGGAUAGUGGUUGCAUGCAUCGUUGCUGCCAAUGGCAUUGCAGCUUGCGGGUUGGAAAGCGUUAGAGCUAUGAUGAAUGGCCACGUCGAAUCUGCGCUGGAGGGUGACAAGAUGGUUCAGAGUACUAGCGGGACAGACUCCGAGCCAGUCUCAGGCGAUCAUUAA